AUGCUUCGAGACCGCAGAAAAGCCAAAGGCAGCUUGGAAGCUGGUGAAGGCCAGAAUACAUUGAAUGAGGACGAUGCCAGCGCUAGAACCCAAUUUACAUACGGUGACGUAUUGAGAAUCAUUGGCGGAAUUCUACUGUUGGGACUCUUGACAGGACGAUUGAUAACAGGAUCGGUGACGUGGAACUUGUGGCGAGGAUCGAUUUCUCCAGCAAAUCUGACGGAGCCCUCUGUAUACUGGACGGGCCAAGACCUUCCUCGUGCAUUCUCCAUGGAUCAAUUGCAAGAAUUCAAUGGUUCAAGGGCCGACCUUCCACUGCUGUUGGCCAUACAAGGUCAAGUGUUCGACGUGAGUCGAAAAAGCGGCAUGUACGGCCCAAGGGGUCCAUAUAAUCGACUGGUGGGGACAGAUUGCUCCAAAGCGUUUAGUUAUGGCAUGUGGAGCAUGCAAGGCUUUCGAAAACCUUGCAGUGAUGAUCUCUCGGGGCUUUCAGACGAAGCGCUUCAGCGGGUUUUCGACUGGGUAAAGUUCUUUCAAGAUCGGUAUCCACACAUAGGGUACGUUAUUGACUCGAGGUUCCCACAGUCUCGGAGUGAAGCCUAG